CAAAGCGACACGUGUAUGACACAUAUACAAAAAGACUCCGAGCAGCGAAAGAGAAAAAUUCCUAUCUGUCUUACAAAGUGUCAGAAACCCAAACACAAAACAAAAGCAGACGAAAUUGAAAUCGAAAUCUUCUUCUUCUUCUUCCUUCUUGUGUCUGUUUAUGCAAUUCAUCUUCUUCGUCCUCUUCCCUUUCCUCGCAUUCUCAUCCUUCGCAGAAGAAUCAAAUCCCUCCCAUUUCCAAAACAUGGCCACUCUCGGCGGAGUCCACGAAUCCCAUGCCUCCGAGAACAGCCUCGAAACCGAAGACCUCGCUCGCUUCGCCGUUCAAGAUCACAACAAGAAGGAGAACACCUUCUCUUCCCUGUGCUUUCAUCCCUAGCAAUAUCACAGCUGCUCCUCUGGGUUAUAAUAUUUUUAUUUCUUGUUUUCAAGACAUUCUCGUCCAUGUGCUCUCAUCCCUGGCAAUAUCAUAGCUGCUCCUCCAGAUUUGGGUUUCGUUGGAAAUCACGAAGGUUGGAAUCGGAAAAACAGAAAGCACUGAUAUGAAACUUUAGAGAUGGGAAUGAAUUUAUGGAAGAUACUAAUGAAAAUAAUUCAGAUUUAUUUUUCAAUCCUCAAGCAGAAGAUCAGCAUGUACCAAAAAUUGGUCAAGAGUUUGAAUCACUUUGAAUCAUUAUUGUUCAAGCUAUAAUUUUGUAUGAAGCUGAACGUCAAUUAUUGUUGUAGCUUCAAUUCCUUUGUCUUGUAAUGGAGUCUUGGGACCAUCUAUUUCAAUCAUUUAUCUCUUUAUAUCUUUUUCAAACUUUUGAAGA